AUGAUAUUAUAAUUGUCACUCCUAGCUAUUUUAGGAAAUGCAUACUAAUUACUAAAAAAAAUUGAACUAGAAGUCAUCAACAAUUUUUCAGAAAAGUUAAGCCUUGAAACAAACGAUGAAGACUUGUUAUUAGUCUUCUAUUUUGAGAAAGCUAGCUAUCCUUUGGCUAUAGUCUCUCAUGAGAAAGUUCGGGAGGCAGAUUUCAAUAUAACAACAAAACCAAAAUUUAUUGAGAGUAGAAAAGAAAUUUAUUUUGACUUUGAGUCCAUGUAAACCCGUCAUAAUAUCCAUUUAAUUGAAAUUUCUUAGGGGAAUGACAUCUAUUAUUACGUAAGAGAUGGAUUUGGACCCUUUAGAGUAAAAUUAGAAGUUUAUUCGAAACCUCACUCUACGUGUAUAAACAACUGUUAGGGUUAUUCUUUGAAUAAAAUAAUUCAAAAUGCAAGCUGCACAUCAAAGUGCGAAUGUUAGAGCGGUUUUUUUGGAUCCUACUGUUAAUUUGAACUAUAAAAAAUGGAAAAAGAUGUACAGUAUGAAAUUCAAUUGAUGGCUCGUAAGAUUAUAUACUUGUCUUACUAAUUCAAUGAAUAGGCUCUGUUAAUUGCCGAAGGUGUAAAUGAACCAAUAACUGUAAGUUUUGGAAUUUUAGGGUUGAAAGGCUAUGAAGUCCCUGAUUCAACAUCAUACACGGCUAUUUUACAUAGUUAACUCAGUCUCACUAAGUUGAUGCAAAAUUUGCAUUAGUAAUUUUAGAACUCUACUACACUGGUAAUUGGUUUGUAAUGUAAAUCUAACUAAUCAUUUAAAUUAUAUGUAAAAUAGGAAUAAAUUCCAAAAAUAUGGGAUGGAAACUGCCUAUUUUUGAUUUUUGCAUCCUUCAACAUUUUUAUUAUUAUUAUUUGCUUUGCAAUUACAAACUUAUGUAAAAAGAAGGAUAUUAAAAUGAAUAAAAAGAAAAUUAAAGUAAGACCCCCUCCAAUAGAGGAAAAUCCUAAAAACUUUAGUGGACAGUUUUUUGAUAAAUACUUCGAAAUAUUUGAUUACGAAGAUUUCAUUAAAUCAAAUCCAGAAUUUCAAUAAAAUACAUAAUGUGUAGUAUGCUUAGACAAUUUAAAUCAAAAGGAAAUUAGUGUAAGCAUUUGUGGACACAUUUUUCAUCAUUUGUGCUUAAAGAAGUGGCUGAUGAAAGUGUUAACAUGUCCAUCUUGCCGAUAGUAGAUUACAUAUUAAUAAGUGAUCCAAGGAGGUUGGAUAGGAAGUAAGCUUUCUUAAAGUCCCUUGCAUCCCUAAUCUAAUCCAAAAUGUAAAUUAGUUAAUGAUAGUAACAUACUUAUUGAGAGUAUGGAUAAUAUUGAAAUUGUAGAUAAACAAGAUAACGAUGAAAAUUAGGAUUCUUGA